CACGGCUAGAGAAGAAAAAGGCAAAGGGGGAAAAAAUUAAAAAUCCGUUUCGGCUGCCCCUUCUUCAACCUCCAUCCCAAGACGAUUGCUCCUCCUCUCUGCUGAUCCAGAGAGAGAGAGAGAGAGAGACAGAGAGAUUGAAUUCGUUCAUCGCUUCGAUUUUGCAGAUGAUGCAAUAAUUAUCAACCCCCUUCUUUUUGUCCGCCUCGAGGUGAGGAAUACUGACUAUUUGCUGGGCUCGGAGUCCAUAACAAUUGUUUGUAGAGCAAAUCUUUUUUCAAUAGAUGGCUUUGGCAUUCACCAAUCUCUCGUGGUGGUUGUCGAGUGGGAAGCACAAGGAGCCAGGGAGACCAAAUGGGUCUUCUGGGAAUUCCGUGUCUGAUGCGGGCAUGGAAUCUGAUAAUCUUAAAUUUCCUUUGGCAAAGAGUAGUGCCGUCUCCUCAUCAAGAAAUGUCAAGAGAAAAUGGCGCAGUCGGGAGGAACGAAAGAUUGACAGAGAGUAUGAUAUUGUUCUGGUGCCUCCUGAUGGGGGUUGCAUUUCAGGCUCUGAAUCUGAUGACUUAGAAUGGUCAAUUGGAUGGCUUGAGCCUCAUGGGCCUGGAUUCCAGAGUGACGAUGACUCUGAUAACAGUUUCGCUGUGUUGGUUCCGUGCUAUGGGAAGGUGCCUGACUAUCUGAUAGAGGAUUCAGAUAGCAAGAUUGUGGGUGCUGUUGCGCACAUUACUGAGAUUUAUCCUGUUGAGAGCGAGAAGUAUAUGGAACAGUGGCUGGUUACCCUCCAAAGCAGUUGAUACUCAUCAAGAAGUUCCAAGUGACUUUGAUCCCCAUGUGCUGCUGGUACAAAUCCAGGUGAACCACGAUCGUCAGAUUACAAUGAUCAGCACAUGGAAGGAGAUAUAGACAAUAAAAAGAUACCGUUCUGUUCUAUGACUACUACUACUACUAAGAAGUCGACUUACGCAGAGCAAACUCAUUGCUGCAUAUAAUAAGCAGUAUCAGUACUUGAAAUUGCUAUUGUGUUUCUAUGGUAGUGGGGCUAGAGGAAGGUGAAUGAGAAGGAUAAGAGGGAGGUGGUGUGCAAGUAUGUGGGUGUGGGGGCGCUUGAAAUUCUUUGGUGUACAUAUCGUCGUAAGAAGAGGCCUAAUGCUUGCUUCUUCCCCUGUUGUGAAUAGUAUGUAAAUAAUGUGAAUAUCUUGUUAUUAGUACUC